UUUCACGCUGUUCUCUAUCUAGCAAGAUCAGUUAUUCUAAUGGCUCCAAAGGCCGAGAAGAAGCUCGCCGCAGAGAAAAAACCCGCCGCAGAGAAGCCCGCGGAAGAGAAAGAGAAGAAGGCUGGGGUGUCCGAGAAAGCUCCCGCAGGAAAGAAGCCGCGGGCGGAGAAGAGGCUUCCGGCGUCAAAAGAGGUUGGCGCUGCGAGCGACAGGAAGAAGAAGAGGGCCAAGAAGUCAGUCGAGACCUACAAGAUCUACAUAUUCAAGGUGUUGAAGCAGGUUCAUCCCGACAUAGGCAUCUCUAGCAAGGCGAUGAGCAUCAUGAACUCGUUCAUUAAUGAUAUAUUCGAGAAGCUCGCUCAGGAGUCAUCUCGCCUCGCUCGUUAUAACAAGAAGCCGACCAUCACGUCCAGGGAGAUUCAGACUUCGGUUCGGCUUGUUCUGCCUGGGGAGCUAGCUAAGCAUGCGGUUUCUGAGGGAACCAAGGCCGUUACUAAGUUCACAAGUUCUUAGAUCCGGUUCAUCUUCCCCCCUUGUUUUUUUGCUGGUUGUUUUAUUUUAGUUAGGGUUAGGUUUAGAUUUUGCUUUACUCUCUGGUUUGGGAUAUGUAAUUAGCAGGAAAACUUAUGAUAUCUUCUUGGAUUUUAAUCAAGAAUCCGGUCAUCUUUAGAUAUCAAAAA